UUAUUUUGUACACGUUAGCAAGAAAGUGGUGACUCACAUACCGUACCAGGGGUGGCGAAUUUGCCUGGUCGCAAACACUUGAGAUUUCGCAUUGUUAUGAUUUUGAAAUGACACAAAGACUUCUUGAUUUGUAAGUGAUGGCGGAAGAAACCCUUAUUGAAGAUGAUGUCAAGAAAAAAGCCCCUUUGCGGCCACCCAAUCGGCGGCGUCAUGAAGAGCAACUGGAACAACUCAUGUCGAGAAUACGCUCCCUCGAAGCUGAAUUGAAAUCUCUAGGGAGGCCUCAGCACGUGGAUGGAUUGUCAGAAGACUCCGACCAGAAAGAUGUGCUGCUCACGGAACAGAAGAGAUUGAGGGAAGAGAAGGAAGCUAGCAUAUCCAAGAGGAAGUCGCUGGAUGAAGACUUGAAGGCCAUCAAUGAACAGAUCUCCAAGCAGAAUGAUGCUCUUUCCAAAAUUGACGCCGGACUUCAAUUCAAGAGAGAGGCGGCAGUAGAUGAUGCAAUUCAUAAAUUGGAGCAUCAGCUUAAAACAAGGCAUUUCAAACUCAGUGAAGAGAAUCGCAUUGUGAAAGAGAUCGACAGCCUACGACGAUCCAAGAAAAAAGUCAUAGAAUAUCAACAGCAGAAACAGCAGAUCGAAAGUCUACGAGCCAGAAAGAAGACUGUGAAAGAUGAAAGAGACAAAUAUUUCCGCCUUGUGUCGUCACUGAAAACUAAAGAGGAUGAAGUCAAGCAGCAUCUGAAGACGAACAAGAGCAAGAUUGACGAAGCCUGGAACAGAUACCGAGAGGCAGGCCCUAAGAGAGAGGCUCUCAAGAAAGAAAUUGACGAGCUGUAUGAGCGCCGCCGCCAGCUGACCGCCGAGUUCAGACAGCAAAACAGCAAGUAUCACAUCCAACAGAAACAGCAGCGAGCAGACAGCUUCAGACGGAAGGAGGAAGAGAAGAGAGCACUAGAAGAAGCACGAAAGAAAGAGUGGCAGGACUAUGAGGCAUCCCGUCAACCCUAUGAAGAUGAAAGGCAGUUAUGUGCUGCCCUGAUUAAAUAUCUACAGCGUUAUCUGACCCCAGAUCAAGAGCUUCCCCUAGGUGCGUCGGCUCUAUCACCAGUGCAAUCUCCUACUGUAUCCGUUUCCUCUGCAAUCUGUGGGAGAGAUGAGGAGUCAGUGGUAAACUAUGUCAUCCUGAAGAAAAAGACCAACGACAAUGAUGCUUUCCUCCCAACAACCUCAGCCAAGAAGAAGCGAGCCAUCAGGAAACACAACCGCAAGUCAUCCUACCCGAGUAAACCAAUAAGUCAUACACCAUCGACCUUCAGCCAAUUUGAGACCUUGGGUCUCCGUGCUCCGUCCUACAUGUCUGAAGUAUCUGAUGCCAUUGACCAGCUUAUUGCUAAGAAGGAGGAGUAUGAGAAUGCAUGUAAAGGAGCCAGUUCUGCUAGUCAGAGAGCAUUGGGAGCAGCUGCUGGCCAAGAGACCAGUACCACAUCAACCUUCUCAUCAAGUGCCUUGGCCCAUCAACCUGUGAUGUCUAACAUCCAUGUGGAUUCGCAUGGCUCUAACGAGGCCUAUGGCAGCAGCCGUCAUUUCAACUUGAUGAAGCUAGCCAGCAAGCUCCCACGCAUAGACGUUCAGAGUGCUCAGGACCACACCAGGCAGCAGCAAGCAAACAGUACCCCUACCCCUGGGGUGGAGUCAGCGCCGGAAACGCCCAACAGCGAGGGCAGCGCACCGAGGGAAGCCGACGGGGACUUGGAAUCUGUCGACUCAGGGAUAGGGAUACAGAGGUCCAAAGGAUUCACUUCGGCCCUCCCACCUACCCGCAUCAAGCAAGAUGACAAAUACAUAGACACCCGUGCAAAGAUAUAUACAUCUCCAGAUCGUAAUGAUCAAGAGCCUGUAUCCCAGGUGCCCUCAACUACCCAUAAUGCAUUGCCACAGUCACAUGAUCCCACAGAGGAGUAUAUAGAGGAAGGUAUUGCCAGUAUUCUUGAGAAGAAGCAGGCACCGUUUAGUCACAGCAGUGAUUUAAUGGUGCAGGAAACAUGAUGAUGCAGUGUUUUAAUGCAGGUAUGUUUGUAUAUAAUGACGCACAGGCCGAAAGCAUGUCAGGCUGACCUUUGACCUUGCCUGUACAUCACCCUCACAUUAUCAUGAUUGACAAGUGUUACCCUGUGGCAAGACAAAAAUUCAAAACUGGGCUGGGAAAUUUCCACAUCACAUUGAUGUGUGGCCUUCGAUCAUAUGGUUGGGGGUUCGAAUCCAGCAGCUAGUAACGUGUAGUGACCUUUAGCAAUUCACUUUUCCCCUACUUACCUCCUUCCACCAAGGUGCACAAAUGGAUGUCUGUCGUGAGGGUAGAGACCUCACAUGUGCUGGACCUGGGCUGUCAAAUGGUCUGGCCUGAUGAAGCUGCUGAUUAUCGUAAAGCACGCUAAGAUUGAAAGUACAAUUGAAAGCGCAAUAUAGAGAUUACAAUGAUGACUGCAGUUGUUGACCAUGUUCACAGCUGAACACUUGCACUAAAAGAGCGAUUGCAGUUGAGCGUUAGGAUUUUUACAUCGGUAACUGAGUGUUUUGGAUAGAAACAGCAACAUCGUCAGUGGUGUUUGCUGGAGAGCACCUGCAUGAUUGGCAAUUAGGAUAAAAGUGAGAGAGUCAGUGUUAGUUUUUAGCUGUGAUGUGGUUCACAGUGCAAAGUUUUAAAUGACUUCACAUAAAAGAUUCUGUAUGAAUUGUAAGUGCCUGAGGCAGUGUAACCCUUGUGAUUGGAUUCCGGUCUGUAAUGCAGUGACUGGGUCGUUAAUAAGAGUUGCAAAUCAAUCGUGGCCAGAUAUAUUUAUAUCACUUAUCCAUGAGACAGAGGGUUGCAUCUAGUAUUCGUGUAAAAUAGCCUGAUUGUCCAUGCCUGUGUCAAGCACCAUCGAAAAGCAAAAAUCAGUUAUGCUGCACCUCCCCAAACCCCCGGUUGCUACUUUUUGGAGACAAUGCUGUUGUCUUGACAGCACGACAGUUGAAUUUGAAGUACUUAGCCAACAGCCAGCAUGAUAUGUUUUCCUCUGGGUAUCUUUUGCGUGGAUUGGAGGUGUAAGAAAGACCGACAUGUCAUUUUCUAUCAGACCUCCUUUGGGCAUCGCCGUAGACCAUCAAUACAUGCACAUUGAGCAACCAGUUAACAAUGCCACAAGUUUUUCAUGCAUUGUAUACUCUCAUCUUCAUCUUUAUCCCGUCUAGGUCAACUCGCGCCUCCAGUAUUACUUGUACUUGCAGGUCAAAAGACUGUUAGAAAUUUUUUCUAAAUUACCAUUGGAUUUGUGAAAUACAAGCAGUUGUAAAAUAUGCACUUUUAAAAUAGUUUGAUUUUAUUUUUUAGGUGCACAAACAAGUGUGUUCACGAGGACUUUGGACCUCACAAUGCAAAUUUUAUCAGCAGAUUGUACUGUGGAAGGAUCUGUGUUGAGAUUUCACAAAAAUCUAGAGAGAAAUAUAUAUUCUCUGGUAACAAUUUUAUUGAAUUCAUAAUAUCAAUUUGCACUGAAAAUGUACGUGAUUGGAAACGUACAUGAUACAUGUAGUUGCCUGACUGUUCUUACAGUUGGAAAACAAGUAAACAUGAGCUACGUGUUAAGGGUGUUUAACAAAAGUGAGAAGAUUCUACCUGAGUACACAUUACUACAAUGCAUGAAUUUGAAUACCGCACAGAUGCAAGGAUCAUUUCAUUGACCAUUUUUUCCUGGGUGUGUGCACUCAUUAAACUAUAGUCCCAAAAUGCUGCUUAUUUGUACUCUAAUAGUGCUACUGGGUAAGGGAAAGGAGUGUGUUGGUUUCAGAUAAACCAAUUGCCUUGUUUCUAUGGAACGUUUUCGAAAAAGUCAUCACUCAAGAGGUUAUACUUGCGAACACUUUUCACAAGUUUAAAACAGAUGAGUCCCUUGUUAAUUUGAACCUCCUUUGAAAAUAUAAGUAGCUGUAGCUAGGCUGUGUUAUAUAUUUGGCUACAGUGGAUUAAGAUCAUAAUGGUAUUGGUGGAUUAAAGAUCGUAAUGGUUUGGUAAUGGUUUUUGCCUUCAGGAAUUGGCAAAGCCACAUCUAUCCCAAAUGCACAAGCCAGUUUACUCUCUCGUUACACAGUACAUAAUGAUGGAUAGAGUAGGCGUAGUUUUUGGAUAGGCGGCAAUUUUCAAAUGCGCACUGGGUCAAGAGAUUUCGCGCAUUGUGAUUGGCCAGCGCGUUGCAAACUCUUGGAGGCGCACUUUUGCGAAUCGCCGGUAUUGAGGCUUUGUUUGGCAGCUUUCCCACUAUACAGCCGGGAAAUGAUUGGCUCACAACCACGCAGAAAGAGCAGGGGGAUUCUCUUGGGAAUAAAAGGUGUUUUUACUCAAUUUUUUGGGUUUGGAGGCUUUACUGUUACUUGAUCAUCUAAUUUUAUUGUAGAACCAGUAAGGUUCUUCACCAGUACCCACUGUUUAAAAUUGCUGAUCCAUUUUUGGUACAGUGUCAGCUGGGGGAGGGGAAGUCAACAAAAGCAUUCUAAGAAACAAGGAGAUUCCAAGAACUCUGCUGCUGAGAUGUAUGGGAAUUUGCCUGGUUGUUGGUCAUGUCAGCAAGUGUUUGGCUGCAGGUGUUUUUAUUUCCUGAGUUUAUCUGUUUGAGAUCGCUUGGCAUGCAGUGCAUUCUAGCUUAUUGUUAUAGGCUAGAUCCUAUUGCACCAAGAUGUUGAAAUCUGGAGACUGCCAACAUAGGCCUGGAUGGCUCUGAUGAUCAUAGUAAUGUUUGUAACGCUAAUGAAAUUUACCUGUUGUUCAUAGAUUUCCCCCAGAUUCGCCCCUGUUUCCUAUUUCUCCCAAAACACCAACUUUUCCCCAAUAGAUUUUUUUAGCAAUUUCUGGAGAUCAGGUCCUCAAAACCACAAAAGGUGUGGUCCAGGAACACGCCAGUGAAAUUCUGUAACACAAAGUCAUGUUUGUGAAAAAAAAUCAUGGUGUGGAAGUAAACUUCUUGUGAAAUUGUUUUUAUGUGGGAUCAUAUGUUUGUAAUGACAGAGGGGACUGUGAGGAAAGCAGUAGUUCAAACUCACAAUCUGUAAGGAAUAGUGUAGAGCAUACACUUCACAAACUGUGGUGUUAGUUUAACACCCUGAGUGUUGUCAAAGGAAUGCCCCACACUGGAUGUUGUCCUCUGAUAAAACCGAAAGUGCUAAACUAUCACCAAUUCAACACCACAGUUUCUGUUGUGUACUCAUUUUACUCAUGUUUUUCCUUUAGACGAAGGGUUUCACAUGUGAAGUGGUCUGCCUUGGGAUUCUUUGAUCACUGUAAGAAACAGUUUAUUGGUUGUCACGGAUUCUUAAAUGAAUGUAUUCAAAGUAAUGUUCAUACAUUAUACCGUGUACAUGUUCAUGUAAAUGUAAAAUGCAAUAUAGUCGGAUGUUUCUUGUAAUUUCUGCAGAAGUCAGUGUACAUGUAGCUUGUGAGUGGAAUUUGGAUUGGUAUGAGGACCAAUCGUUAUUUAUUAAUGAGAAAUACUAUGUGUUGAUAUAUGAUACUUUCUUGAGUAAUUUAUACCAGUGUUAUUCCUGUACAGCCAGCAAUAAUGCUGUUUUAGAACAACCUGCAGCAUUUUUAACCUGAUGUUUCAUUUAAAUAUUAAAAUGUUUUACAGGAAAAAUGAAAAAAUAUGCGAAAA